UUACGUCCUGAGGGAACAAAUAGUUUAUCAACAGAUGCAAGAGGGACAGAAAUCUUUAGUUAAAGAAAUCAACUUACCUUUGCCGCAGCAAAAAGAUUUUAAUGGAACUGUCUUCCCUCUUAUCCUUUCUCCAAACGACAACUGUGAAAACCAAACAAGCUUUGAUUCAAUUGAAAAUGUUAUUGAAUGGGUACAAAAAGACAAAACUUUAAUUGAAGACAAGCUUUUGAAAUAUGGAGCUAUUCUUUUUAGAGGUUUUCCAGUAAAUUCUCCAUCUAAUUUCGACGACUUCGUCAAAGCCUUUAAGUACGAACCUCUGCCGUAUGUUGGUGGAGCGGCACCAAGAACCCAGGUAGUGGGGAAUGUAUUCACUGCAAACGAGGCUCCACCUGAUGCUCUUAUUCCCUUCCAUCAUGAAAUGGCCCAAGUACCAACUUAUCCUAGCGUACUCUUUUUCUACUGCGAUAUUGCUCCCAAAGAAGGUGGAGAAACACCUCUUGUCCUCUCCCACCUGGUUUACAGAAAAAUGAUGGAACUUGAAAGUGACUUUGUAAACUCCUUAAAAGAAAAAGGAGUUAUUUAUACUCGAAUUUUACCAAAUGGUGACGAUCCUACCUCUCCUAUAGGCCGUGGGUGGCAAUCCACUUAUGGUACAGAAGACAAAGCAGCAGCCGAAAAGAAAGCACUAGAACUUGUUGGGUCAGUGGAAUGGUUAGAAGAUGGAUGCAUGAAAACCGUGACCAAAGUUCUUCCAGCAAUCCGUGAGGAUCCUCGAACUGGGAAGGAAAUGUGGUUCAACUCCAUCAUUGCAGUAUAUCGAGGCUGGAAAGAUUCUAGAAACUCUCCCGAAACCUCCAUAACUUUUGGAGAUGGCUCCCCCAUGAAUCCGGAAACAAUGGAUACUCUUGAGAAUGUUCUAAACAACUUGGCUAUUGACUUCCGCUGGCAGAAAGGUGACGUUGUAAUGGUUGAUAACAGACAGGCCCUGCAUGGGAGAAGGUCGUUCAUUCCUCCUCGACGCAUUUUGGCAGCGUUGUGUAAAUAAAUAUUAGAACUUUGUAAAUAUUGAUUUAUACAUUGUCAUU